AUGGUCCUGCGUACGGGAUCCAAAUACAUCCUCACCCCUAACACUAUAGAGUUUCCUCCAUUUCAGGGUGAGGAUGGAUUUGGGGAGGAGUUAGAGGACAAGUCUAGUAAUGGUGACUGGCUGAUCUCAUCAACCACCGCCGCCCUAGUGCUUCUAGCCCAAUCAUGUCUUCUCGAAGCAGAUCACGCCUCCAGGUUGCUAGCUGGGAGGAUUUUGAAGUUUGGAUUUUCAACUGGGUUCUCUUUUCACCUCUCUUUUUUUCUGGUUAUCGUGUGGUUUUGUAAAGUUGAAAGCAAUGAGGGAAGUUUUUGUGGUGGUAUUUGUUUGGAUUUGGAUGGUGGAGAUGUUCUCAUCAAGCUACUACCCAUAGUCAAUGACUAUGGAGAAAAUACUAGCCAAAUCCAAAUCUACAUUGUUCAUGUACUAAAGCCAGAGGGUUCAAAUUUCUUGAGCGCCGAGGAUUUAGAGAAUUGGCACAUGUCCUUUCUACCCAAUACUACUCUAGACACAGGCGAGCCACGAUUGCUUUACUCAUAUAAAGAAGCAAUUAGCGGGUUUGCAGCAAGAUUAACUCCUGCAGAAGUGAGAGCCAUGGAAAAUAUGGAUGGAUUUUUGGGUGCUGAGCCAAGCCAGCGGCUCGAGCUCCAAACAACCUAUACUCAUGAGUUUCUAAACUUAAGCACAUUAUUUGGUGCUUGGUCCACAAGUAACUCCUUUUACGGCGAGGGAAUUGUCAUAGGAGUGUUGGAUACCGGAAUUCACUUGCCCCAUCCAUCUUUUGAAGAUACAGGAAUGCCACCACGCCCAAGAGGAUGGAGGAACAUAAGUUGUUACCUUCCAAGGCCGUCUUGUAAUGGUAAAGUUAUUGGGGCACAAUCUUUCAAACAAGGUAAUACGACUAAUCCACCAACUGACAUAGACCAAGGUCAUGGAACGCAUGUGGCUGGCAUUGCAGCGGGCAACUUUGUCGAUAAUGCGGAGGUCCUCGGCCAAGCUCGUGGAAGAGCUGCAGGGAUGGCUCCAAGAGCAUUUAUAUCAGUGUAUAAGGUGUGUUGGGGUGAUAUAGGUUGCGAAAAAAGUGGUAUCAUAGCAGGCAUUGACAAAGCUAUGCAAGAUGGGGUGCAUAUCCUUCAAAUGUCCUUUGGGUUACCAAAGAAUUCCUUGCCCACUUCCUUCGAAGGGGACUCUGUUGCUGUUGCCACAUACUCGGCAAUGCAAAAGGGGAUCUUUCCCUGUACAGCGGCUGGCAACAACGGCCCAAACCCGAGGACACUAAGUCAUGCUGCUCCGUGGGAUAUGGUUGUCGGUGCAACCAGUACAGAUCGAAGAAUAAGAGCAACUGUGACGCUUGGGAAUGGAAAGCAAUUCCAUGGGGAAACUGCCUAUCAACCUAACACAGUCACUAAUAAGUUUCUUCCUCUUGUUUUUCCAGGCAGCAAUGGACAAGCGGACCAACAGUUUUGCAAGAACAAUUCAUUAAAUGGCAUCAAUGUUCGGGGAAAAAUUGUGAUGUGCUAUAUUGGAAAUAUAAAGAGCAUUGAUAAAGGUGAUUUCGUCAGGAAUGCUGGGGGCGCAGGCAUGAUCCUUAUGAACUUUAAUGUCUUAGGAUUUACGACAUCUUCAGAAGCUCACCAUCUCCCUGUAUCACAUGUGAGUGAUAAAGACGCCAUUGAAAUUAAAGCUUAUUUUGCUAACAGCUCUUCACCAACAGCAAAGAUCACCUUUGGUGGAACCAUAUUUGGCGCUCGCCCAGCUCCCGCGUUAGCCUACUUCUCAUCGAGAGGCCCUGCUAGGUAUAAUGGAAACAUUGUUAAGCCAGAUGUCACUGCACCUGGAGUGAAUAUUCUAUCUGCAUGGCCAGUAGAAGUUGGGCCUUUUCCAUCUGGUCUAACAACAAAGACGUUCAAUUUCUUGAGUGGCACAUCCAUGGCCACACCUCAUGUUUCUGGAAUUGUGGCUCUUAUCAUGAGCAAGUUAAAGAAUGACAACAAGCGUCAAUGGUCAACAUCAGGGAUCCAAUCAGCACUCAUCACCACGGCGAACACAUUCGACUUAGAUGGAAAACCAAUCUUUGAUGAAGCAACUUUGAACAGCAGUGCUAACAUUCUCCAACGGGGAGCAGGGCAAGUCAAUGCAACAAAUGCCAUGGAUCCAGGUCUCCUCUACAACAUUGAACCAAAUGAUUAUAUCGCCUAUCUUUGCGGAAUUUUUUUUAAUAAUAGCCAAACAGUCCAAAAAUUCACCCAGAUUAAUAACACCCAAUGUACUAGAUCCAUUUCUGGUGAGCAACUCAAUUAUCCCUCAAUAGGCAUACCGAUGAAAUCAAGAUUAGCAAGGAUCACUGUCAGUAGAACAGUAACAAACGUAGGUGAUGCUAGGGAAAUCUACAGUGCCAAGAUCGUAGAACCACCAAAUGUGAAAAUUGACCUAUCUCAAUACAGCCUUAGCUUCACCAGAGUUGAACAACAAAUUACCUACAUUAUCACAUUCACUAUGAAAGGUUCUCAUCCAGGCUCUGGGGUUAUUGAACAAGGAGAGUUAUCAUGGGUGUCAGACAAGCACACUGUCACAAGUCCCAUCUACAUCGCAUUCUAA